AUGAUUCUGGUUUUAAUUUUCACGGAGAACCACCUGCGAGCCGCAUGGCGUGUGGCUCUGGGACUGGGCAUCAUUCCGCCGCUCAGUUUGCUGUACCUCCGACUUAAACUAAACGAGCCCGAGGAAUUCAAUCGCGAGCGCAUGCACAAGUUUCCUAUCUGGCUAAUCAUCAAGUUUUAUUGGAAGCGCUUGGCCAUCGUUUCUCUCAUCUGGUUUGUCUACGACUUUUCUGCGUACUCCUUCAACCUCUACUCCUCGGCCUGGAUUGCCCUCAUCCUCGGCGACUCCUAUCCCCUGUGGAAGAGCUUCGGAUGGAACACGGUUGUCAAUCUAUUCUACAUCCCCGGAUCAGUUUUAGGUGCUUUCGCAAGCGAUUGGCUAGGGCCGCGCAAGACCUUGGCAAUUGGUGUUGGUCUUCAAGGUGUCAUAGGUUUCAUCAUGUCCGGCUGCUACGAGUACCUGAACACUCCGAAGAACGUCGCAGCAUUCGUUGUCGUUUACGGAAUCUUCCUUGCCCUCGGCGAAUUCGGCCCCGGCGAUAACAUCGGCCUCGUAGCCGCCAAAACCAGCGCGACCUCCAUCCGCGGACAAUACUACGGGAUCGCAGCAGCGGCGGGUAAAGUCGGCGCGUUCGUGGGGACGUAUGUCUUCCCAGUGAUCCAGGACAAUGCACCCAAUGAGAUCCGGGCCGGUCAGGACCCGUUCUUUGUGUCGAGCGCGCUGUGUCUUUUCAGUGCGGCGCUGGCAAUCUUCUGUCUGCCGCAUAUUGGGCAGGAUACUAUUACCGAGGAGGAUACGAAGUUCCGUCGGUAUCUGGAGGAGCAUGGGUAUGAUACCUCGUCUAUGGGGCAGAAGAGUGAGAGUGAGAGUGGCAGCGGCGGUGGACAAUAA